AGCAUCGAGAUUUCUGUUACUUCCAGUAAAAUUACCGGCAAUAUGGAGGUGCUCGGCGAAAAUGAUAACGAAAAGACGGCGUCUAUGGAGGAUGCCCCUUCCACUACUAAGUCCGGCUGUCUUCUCCAUCAGGAACCUAUAUUCUGCAGACAGCGCGCGCUAGCAAAACAUGCUUACGCUAGAACCGCUCGGAAGUGCGCAUCUCUAUAGGACAUUGCAAUAUCUAGCAUUCCUCCCUCUGAAAAUGAACUGGAACAGUACGCGAUGGAAGACAGACCUAUGCCAAAGAAAAAGACAUGCAAGAGAGAGAAAAAAUAUGGAAUUGGUAAAAGAAAGAGAGCAACGUUUUGUUCCCAGGUUCAAAAAGAAGUAGCCGAAGUUCAGUCCAGCAUUGGGGAUUUGGUUCUGGCUGCAGAGUUGAUGGAGAAAGCAAAUGAGGCAAAAAUUCAAGAUGUGGGUCAUAGGAAUAAAUGUAUUGUUCAUGACCAUGGAGAUUACUGUGUACCCGACGACCCUGAGCUCUUGAAAGAGAUGGUGAAAGAGCUGAAGAAGACAACUCAUCAGCAGAGUCAGGUUCUGCAAUCAUUGCAAGAAGCACUGUGCUGCAAAGAAACGCAGUGCCAGCAACUGCAGGAGAAGUGGGAGAAUGAGAAGUGGAUGCUGUUGUCUGAUAUGGGCCAACAGCUUACUCAGUUGGAAUCGGAGAUACGGAACUUAACUUGUGAGAAAGAAAUUCUGGAAAAGAAAAACAAAGAAUUGCAGGAGCAGCUGGAGAGAAGCUCUGGUACAGUUCUGUAUUUGGGUCAGCAAGUUAAGCAUCAGGAGCACAACAGGGAUGAUUCUACCUUUUGUAUGACCAGCAUUAAAAAUGAAAGCAAAUGGGUGCGCUUCUAUACAGGCUUUGACAGCUAUGCGCAUCUCAUGGAUUUCCUUCACUUCCUUACAGCAGACCAAAAACUAUGUACUGGUAGAAUUCGUAAAAGGACUGAGGUGGGACCUCAGAGUGCCUUAAGUUUAGAAGACCAGCUUCUCCUUGUACUCACAAGAUUGCGCUUAGGUUUACUGCUUCAGGAUUUAGCAUUUCGAUUUAGAGUAUCAGAGUCAACUGUUUCCCGCUACUGGUUGAACUGGACAGAACUUUUGCAUGCACGUCUUACCCAGAUACCCAUCCUGUACAGCGCCAGAUACCUGAAAAUCUUUGAGCCAAAGAGGACUGUGCAGUAUCAAGGCCUUACGUGCACCAUCAUGGACUGUACAGACCUGUUCUUUGAAGUGCAAGCCAAGGACCGCGCCAAACCUGCUCCUACCCAUCCUUCUAGAAACCAUUAUUUAAGACGAGGUUAUGCCAUUGCCUCUUCUAAUGGUUUUAUCACCUUUUCAUCUAGUCUGCCAUUUGGAAUAGCUACUAAAGUAAUGGAUGGUCAGCCACAAGAAGAACUUUAUGGAGAAAUAAAUCCACCGUUAGAACUACCAGCUUUUAUGCAAAACGUUUCUACCCAGCUGUCUGAGCAGCAGAAAGAGAUGAGCAGACAAGUUCUAAGUAUCUUAAGUGUCAUAGGCAAAGCUCUUAACUUUCGUUUUUUAAAGUGUGUAUAUCCACAGAAUAUGGAAGCACAAGUAGAUAGAGCCUGGACUAUUUGCUGUUACUUGGCAUGUUUACUUCAUGACCCUAUGGGGCUGUCAUAGAAAAUACCAAAAGGUUCUAUUCUAAAUGCAUAUUUUUUUAUUAGGGCUUAAGCCAGUGGUGUUCAAACUGUGG